GCGCGGUGCCACCUGCGCAUGCGCACCCGCGUCCCGCUGCUGUUUAGCGGUUUCCAUGACUACGAAGCCCAUCGGCCCGGCCUUGGAGAGCAAGAAAAUGAAGCUCAAGAGCUUCCUGCUACGUUAUUACCCGCCAGGAAUUAUGUUGGAAUAUGAAAAAAGUGGAGAAUUAAAGACUAAGUCCAUAGAUUUGCUUGAUCUUGGUCCCAGUACGGAUGUCAGUGCUUUAGUGGAAGAAAUCCAUCAGGCAGAACCUCUAAUCACAGCUUCACGAGCAGAGCAAGUGAAACUCUUGAUACAGAGGUUACAGGAGAAACUUGGCCAGCACAGCAACCACACAUUCUAUCUUUUUAAGGUUCUCAAAGCACAUAUAUUGCCACUGACUAAUGUUGCACUUAACAAAUCAGGCUCAUGCUUUAUCACAGGAAGCUAUGAUCGGACGUGCAAGCUCUGGGACACUGCAUCUGGAGAGGAGCUGAACACCCUGGAGGGCCACAGGAAUGUGGUUUAUGCCAUAGCAUUCAACAAUCCUUAUGGUGACAAAAUUGCCACUGGGUCCUUUGAUAAAACUUGUAAACUCUGGAGUGUAGAGACAGGACAAUGUUACCAUACCUUCAGGGGCCAUAGAGCAGAAAUAGUGUGUUUAUCAUUUAACCCUCAAAGCACAUUGGUGGCAACUGGAAGUAUGGACACAACAGCCAAAUUGUGGGACAUUCAGAAUGGCGAGGAAGUUUUCACCUUAACAGGACAUUCUGCAGAAAUCAUCUCCUUGUCAUUUAACACUUCAGGAGACAGAAUCAUCACUGGGUCUUUUGAUCAUACAGUUAUAGUGUGGGAUGCUGAUACAGGAAGGAAGGUACAUACCCUAAUUGGUCAUUGUGCUGAGAUUAGCAGUGCCUUAUUCAAUUGGGAUUGCUCUCUAAUAUUAACUGGCUCUAUGGACAAAACCUGCAUGCUGUGGGAUGCUACAAAUGGAAAAUGUAUGGCAACCUUAACAGGCCAUGAAGAUGAAAUACUAGACAGCUGCUUUGAUUACACUGGCAAGCUUAUUGCAACUGCUUCAGCCGAUGGAACAGCAAGAAUUUUCAGUGCAGCCACAAGAAAAUGCAUUGCCAAACUGGAAGGCCAUGAAGGCGAUAUUUCAAAAAUUUCUUUCAACCCUCAAGGGAACCGUCUUCUAACUGGCAGCUCUGACAAAACGGCUAGAAUCUGGGAUGCUCAGACUGGCCAGUGCCUCCAGGUUCUUGAGGGGCACACGGAUGAAAUCUUUUCAUGUGCUUUCAACUAUACAGGCAACAUAGUCAUUACAGGGAGCAAGGAUAAUACCUGUAGGAUAUGGCGUUGACUGAAGGAAGCUGGUCAGUGAGCAACCUUCCUAGCAACGGUAAUCAAGAACUUGAGCUUCAUAAACAGCAGCUCUUUUAAUAUUUCUUAUGCUUUCUCUUUUUCUGCAUGUCAGUUAUUUAUACCACUGUCCUUUAUUUCACGGAUACGACCAUUAAACAUGACAAAGUUAUGUCACUCCUAUGUCAUUAUUUGAUAGAGAUGGAAGGACACAGCGUAAUGUUUGGCUAAUGCCACCAGUUAUUUCAUUUGUGUUUGUUUUUUUAAAAAAGGAUUAUGAUACUGAUAAAGGAAACCAGAGUGAUUAACAACGUGUCUCCUGGAUUCUACUUUGAAGCCUAUUGUAAUAAUUUCUGUUGAAUAAAGUGUUUGGAGGAAA